GCAUACCAUCACUAACGACGAAUUUUGUUGGUUCUUUUUUUUGCAUCGUGCUUGCGUGCGGUUCGCGAGGCGGAUAAUAUAUUUUAAAAUAAAAAAAGAAAAGAAAAAAAGAAUAUAUUGUAGUUGAAACGAAGAGCAGAGAAAAAAUCAAAAUAAAUUUGUCAUCAACCAAAUAAAAGAAUUUUGAAAGUUUAUUGUGGAGAAAACAGCAACAAUUUCACAACAAAAUAACACAAUGGCAGCUGAUCAAUUUCAACAAAUCUUAAAUUCUUUGUUAUCUACCGACAAUGAAGUGAGACAACAAGCUGAGGAUGCUUACAACAAUGUGCCCCGUGAACUUAAGGUAACUCAUCUAUUGGCCACCAUUCACAAUGGUCAACAAUCCGAAGAGGCCCGUCAAAUGGCUGCCGUUCUUUUACGUCGUCUUUUUACUUCGGAAUUUUUAGAAUUUUAUAAAGAGUUACCGCAAGAAGCUCAAGGUCAAUUACUACAACAAAUUUUACUCGCCGUCCAACAAGAUGUAACACCCAAUUUACGUCGUAAAAUUUGUGAAGUAGUAGCCGAAGCAGCACGCAAUCUUAUCGAUGAUGAUGGCAACAAUCAAUGGCCUGACUUUUUGCAAUUCCUGUUCCAAUGCGCUAACUCACCCUCACCACCAUUGCAGGAAUCAGCCUUGCGUAUUUUCGCUAGUGUACCAUCGAUUUUCGGUAAUCAAGAGACUCAAUACUUGGACUUAAUUAAACAGAUGUUGGCCAAGAGUAUGGAACCCACAGCUGAUGCUGAAGUGCGUUUCCAGGCUGUACGUGCUAUUGGCGCUUUUAUCUUGCAACACGAUAAGGAAAAGGAAGCGGUUAUCUAUAAGCAAUUUGGUGAUUUGUUGCCACGUAUGAUUAUGAUCACAGCUGAAAGUAUUGAGGCACAAGAUGAUCAGUCGUUGGUGAAAUUGUUGAUUGAUAUGACCGAAACUUGUCCAAAAUUCUUGCGUCCACAAUUGGAAGUUAUUUUCGAAAUUUGCAUGAAGGUUUUCAGCUCUCAAGAUAUCGAAGACAGCUGGCGCCAUUUGGUUUUGGAAGUUAUGGUUUCCUUGGCUGAAAAUGCUCCCGCCAUGGUGCGUAAACGCGCUGAAAAGUAUGUUAAUGCCUUGAUUCCUUUGGUUUUGCAAAUGAUGACCGAUAUGGAUGAUGAUGAAGACUGGGCCACUUCGGAUGUCGUCACCGACGAUGAUAACAGUGACAACAAUGUUAUAGCCGAAUCCUCCUUGGAUCGUUUGGCUUGUGGUUUAGGUGGUAAAUCUGUUUUACCUCAAGUCAUGAACUCUUUGCCUGCUAUGUUGGGUCAUGCCGAUUGGAAGCAACGUUAUGCUGCCCUUAUGGCCAUCUCAGCCAUUGGAGAAGGUUGCCACAAACAAAUGGAAGCCAUGUUGGAGCAAGUAAUGUCUGGUGUUUUGAACUUCUUGAGCGAUCCUCAUCCUCGUGUACGUUAUGCCGCCUGUAAUGCCAUCGGUCAAAUGUCUACCGAUUUUGCUCCCACAUUUGAAAAGAAAUUCCACGCCCAAGUUGUACCCGGUCUACUAUCCUUGUUGGAUGAUGUGCAGAACCCACGCGUGCAGGCUCAUGCUGGUGCUGCCUUGGUCAACUUCUCCGAAGAUUGUCCCAAGAACAUUUUGACCCGUUAUUUGGAUGGCAUCAUGGCUAAAUUGGAAGCUGUUCUCAACUCUAAAUUCAAGGAAUUGGUUGAGAAGGGUAAUAAAUUCGUCUUGGAACAAGUAGUUACUACAAUUGCUUCGGUGGCCGAUACCUGUGAAAAAGAAUUUGUUGCUUACUACGAUCGUUUGAUGCCCUGCUUAAAGUUCAUUAUUCAAAACGCCAACUCUGAAGAUUUGCGCAUGUUGCGUGGCAAGACUAUUGAAUGUGUCAGUCUUAUUGGUUUGGCCGUAGGCCGUGAGAAAUUCAUCACUGAUGCCGGUGAAGUCAUGGACAUGUUGUUGAAGACCCACACCGAAGGCGAUUUGCCUGAUGAUGAUCCUCAGACUUCGUACUUGAUCACCGCCUGGGCUCGUAUGUGCAAAAUUUUGGGCAAACAAUUUGAACAAUAUUUACCCUUGGUUAUGGGCCCCGUUAUGCGCACAGCUGCCAUGAAACCAGAAGUUGCUCUAUUGGAUAACGAUGAGGUAGAGGAUAUUGAAGGCGAUGUCGAUUGGUCUUUCAUUAAUUUGGGAGAACAACAAAACUUUGCCAUACGCACAGCCGGCAUGGAAGACAAGGCCUCGGCCUGUGAAAUGUUAGUGUGCUAUGCUCGUGAGCUCAAGGACGGUUUCGCCGAUUACGCCGAAGAAGUCGUACGUCUAAUGGUGCCCAUGUUGAAAUUCUAUUUCCACGAUGGUGUACGUACUGCUGCUGCUGAGUCCUUGCCCUAUCUUUUGGAUUGCGCUAAAAUCAAGGGACCCCAAUACUUGGAAGGUAUGUGGCUCUACAUUUGUCCCGAACUCUUGAAGGUUAUUGGCACCGAACCCGAAGCCGAUGUACAGGCUGAACUCUUGAAUUCAUUGGCCAAAUGUAUUGAAACCCUGGGACCCAACUGCCUCAACGAUGAAGCCAUGAAACAAGUUUUGGAAAUUAUCACCAAAUACAUGGACGAACACUUUGAACGUGCCGACAAACGUUUGGCUGCCCGCAACGAAGAGGAUUACGAUGAUGGUGUUGAAGAGGAGUUGGCCGAACAAGAUGAUACCGAUACUUAUAUAUUAUCUAAAGUUAUUGACAUUUUGCAUUCUCUAUUCGUGACCAAUAAGGCACAAUUUUUGCCACACUUUGAACAAGUUGCUAAGAACUUUGUAAAACUUUUGGAUCCAGCACGAUCAUGGUCAGACAGACAGUGGGGCUUGUGUGCUUUCGAUGAUGUUAUUGAAUUCUGCGGCCCAGCUAGUGCUCCUUAUCAACAGUUCUUUACACCUGCCUUGUUGCAAUACGUUAGCGAUAAAUCACCAGAAGUACGCCAAGCAGCCGCUUAUGGUUGCGGUGUUUUGGGUCAAUUUGGUGGCGAACAAUUUGCUGUAACCUGUGCACAAAUCAUUCCAUUGUUGGUACAAGUUGUCAACGAUCCCAAGAGUCGUGAACCCGAAAAUAUUAAUCCCACAGAGAAUGCCAUUUCCGCUGUAUCGAAAAUUUUAAUGUACAACAAAUCUGCUUUACAAAAUGUUGAUGAAAUCAUUAAUGUCUGGUUCUCCUGGUUGCCCGUUACCGAAGACAGCGAUGAGGCUCCUCAUAUUUAUGGUUAUUUGUGUGAUUUAAUACAGGCCAAUCAUCCCGUCAUUUUGGGUGCCAACAAUUGUAAUUUACCACGUAUUGUUUCCAUCAUCGCUCAAGCAUUUGUUAACAAAGUGGUAGCUGUUGUAAGUGAGGUGGGUUCACGUAUGUUGGCCAUUGUUAAACAAGUCGAAACGAAUCCCGAGGUCUUCCAAGUCUGUGCUAGCCAAUUAACACCUGAAAUGCAACAUGCUCUGCAAGAAGCCUAUCGGGAAUUGGCCAAUGCUAACUCGGCUCAAGGUUAAAAUGUAGAAUUAAGUGAAACACUCAAACAUUACAACACUACACAACCACCAACACCCUUACAACAACAACAAACAAAAAACCGCAGACAACAAACAAAAUGAAAAAAAUAUAUAUAUAAAGAAUAUUGCUUUCUUUCUCUAAAUUGCAUUAUUAUAUAAAAAUAAUUAUAUAUAUGGUAUAUACAAUAUACUAACUUAUAUAAAAUAUACAUAUUAAUUAUAAAAAAAAUAAUAAUAGUAACACUCACACACACACAUAUAACAAUUAUUAUAUGCUGUAUGUUUUAACGAACUAAUGGAAAGAUUACUUCUUUGUCUUUUAAAAACAAAAAUCAAGUUUUCUUUCUAAUUAAAACCUCCCUUCCCCCUUCUAACGAUUUUGGCAAUGUAUAAGUUUUGACUUUUUUUUAAACACUAUUAAAACUUGUAUUUUAUUCCAUUAUGUCUUUUUUAACGCUUUAAAAUUUGCUAUAAAACAUAUUUGUUUUAUUUAAAAAAAAAAUCGUUGAGUUAUGUUUUUUAAACUAAAUAUUAUAUAUUGAGAAAUAUGUUUUAAUUUAACUGAAAUUCAAAUUUAAAAAAAAAGAAAAGAUAAACAUGUAUUUUGGACUCUAAACUUGUAACUAUUAUCAAUUUUCUUAUUUUAUUAUUAUUUACAAACAAGAAAAUUUAUUAUUCAAC